UACACUGCAAAUCACCCCCAACCAAACAAACAACCACCCAAACCCUCGCAAAAAUGCCCGACUACGCAACAGGCGACACAGUCCGCUACAAGCCCAUCGGCGGCCCCGACUCCAAAACCGCCGAAGCAAUCGGAACCAUCCGCGAAGUCCGCACGCAACCGGGUACAAUGACGGGGCGGAACGUGGAAGCAUCGGAUGAGAUGCCGCGGUAUGAGAUCGAGAAUGCUCAUACGCAUAAACGGUCGGCGAUUAAGGAGAGUAGUAUUCUUGGUCCGGCGGAGUGA